AUGCGGACCGUGAAAGCACUGUACCGUCUGCUGCGCAAAGUUUUUUUUUCUCAUAUUACGUAAAAAAACAAAGACGCCUGCUCCUCACCCACGCCCUAUUUAAUGCCUCGUUAUUUUGUCUGCUCUCUUCUUCUUUUAUCCAUCUUUUUAUAAGAAAUUGACAUGGAUUUUGUACCUGUUGCAGUAACCGAUGAAGAUGUAAACGCCAAUACCAAGGAUAUGAUCGAACUACUCAACCAAAACUGGGAAAUCAAGCCAAGCCAACAUUUUACUGCGACAAAAGUGCUAAUCGGGUCUGUAAUCAUCGAUACUGAAAAUAAUUACGGUCUCCUUAUUUUGAUAUUCGGAGUAUAUGGUCGUGACCCUGACAUCGAUAGCCACGCUGAACAACGUAGCUCUACUGGUUCAACAAGGCAAACGACAUCUGUACCGUCUGUAGGCCAGAAUGAUUUUGAGAUUUUUACCAUGCGCCAAACCGAAGGCAGCAACAUUUCAAUUGAACUUAUACUUGGUACCCACUCUUUCAACGCCCUUGUGAUUGCUAGUACACGUAUUGACAACUUGGUUGAUCAUCCGGAAUGCGGACCGUGAAAGCACUGUACCGUCUGCUGCGCAAAGUUUUUUUUU